AUGACAAUAUUGUUUAAUUAUCAAAAUGAUGAAAUUGUUUCAUCACCAACAGUUAUUGUCAGUGGAUCUACAUCUACCAAAUUAUAUCGUGGAGUGAUUUCAUUUACCAGCAAUCAGAACAAGGUAUUUCCUCCCCAAUAUUUCGAAGUCAACAAUGGUAAUUUUAAAGCAAUAAUUCAUGUUUCACCUGGAGAAAGAAAUGUAUUCCAGGUUGAUAUACUGGAUAAUGGAUUUAUAAAUAAUUUUGGCUUUGCCGAAUAUUCCAAUGGUCGACGUCCUAAUGUAGUUGAUUCUGGCACUUUAACACUAUAUUUCAACCCGUUACCACAGAAUAAACCAAUCCAUUUAUGUUUAAUUAGAGGAAGAGAUUCAAAUAACACUUAUGAUAUGCCCGGAUAUAAAUUACAAAGAGGAGAAGUACCUACUUUAGAGAAUGCAAUUAAAAAAUUGAAAGUUGCUGGUAGAUUAAUGCAAGCUUUUACUCAAGAUGAAAUGAGAUCAGCUGGUUUCAGUAAUCGAAGUUUCCAAUUUGUUGAAGAAACAGUUCAUGAUCAAACAAUAUUUGGUUAUAAAGUCAAUUCUCCUACACCACAUCAAGAGAUCAAGAUCCAUGUUCUUACUUCUCCGAAAACUGUGGCUGAAUUAAGAAGUCCAGAUUUAGCCCAACAAAACCCUAAUGCUAAAGAUUCAGGAGGGUUAUUCAAUCAUGCUAUAGAUUUAGUCAAAGACACCCCAGAAAUUUUCAAUCAACGAAAUGGUACUGCUGUUCAAUGUGCAUGUAUGUAUUUAGAUUCGACAUGGCAAAAUAAUUUAAUUUUGACUCAUGCUGCUUUAGGUGGAGGCACAAGUGAAGUGAAAAUGGCUAUAUUUGGAUCUCAUGGAUUACAUUCAUAUCCUCAAAAUUUCCCCUUGGUCACUCCUUCAUUUUUAGAUGCCACACAUUUGACCACAGCAGAAGUUGCUAAUGAUUGUAAUGAGUGUGGAACUAGUUGGGAAUGUUUAAAUAUUUGUCUUGGUGCUUAUUUACACGAAAUUGGCCAUUCAUUAGGAUGUCCUCAUCAAGUUGAUGGCGUCAUGUUGCGUGAUUAUGUAUUGUUGAAUAGAUCAUUCAUGACUAGAGAAAAUGAAUGCUUAAGAACCAAAUCACAAGGACAAAUAAUUGCUGAAAAUGGAACUUGGCCCAAAAUUUGUCAUUGGAAUAGAUUAGAUUUAAUUAGAUUCUUAUAUCAUGAUUCCUUUUCCUUACCUAUUGAUAAUUUUGGGAAAAUUCAUAGCACAACAUGGAGUCCUGAUGAUAGUUACCAAAAAGAUUCAGCACUUAAUGUAUAUCCAUCACCACUGAAUGGAUCUAUUGUGACAUUAUCAUCAGGGAUUUUUUUGAUUGAAGUAAUUACCGAUGACCUUGCAAGGUAUCACAUUGAGUUUUUACCCAGAGAGUAUGGAGGUUCUGGAUUACGACCUAAUGUGUUGUUGGAUUUCAAUAAUUUAUAUAAUGAAUUACGAUCUAGAAAAAACGAUGCCAAAGAUGAAUUUAGUGUGCGUAUAUUAUCACUUGGAGGCGAUUUAAAUAUUGAUAAUUUCAAAGAACAUUGUUCAGAACAUCUGAAAGAAGUCAUUGAAAGUGAUUUUGGGUUGAAUAGAGGACGCAUAAAUGGAUUCAAGUCACCCCUUUUAGGACGUACCGAUGAUCUUAGGAUGGAAAUUGUUGGAUUUAAUAUAAAAACAAUUUAUAAAGUCCGAGUUUAUCAUGGUGGAGCUUUAGAUGGUAUGAAAUUUUAUUACAAAUCAGCAAGUUCAAGCAAUGGUGGCGCCCCCAAAAUACCCAAAAGAGACUAUUUAUCCAAAAUUGUCCAUGGUAAGUUUGAUUUUUCAAGUCAAAGACAUCAUGAUCAAUCACCACAACAAUUAACAAAUAUUUCUUCUGGUGAGGAAGAUCGUACUGCUUUAGUUGGGAACGAAACUGAUAAUUAUUCAGAUUUUAAUUUAAACCCAAAUGAAUACAUAACAUUUUUCAAUUUCCGUGAUGGUGCUUGGAUGGAUGCUGUGCAAUUUGGUACCAAUCAAGGAAGACUUUCACCAUUCUUUGGUAAGGAUGAUGGAGGACAUCUCUCUAGACUUGAUGUGCCAGGUGACAAAUUUGAAAUUGUUGGAAUGUAUUUUUAUUUGAACCAAUGGCUUAGAGGAUUGGGAAUAAUAUAUACUACUUCAAAAUAUUAA